UUCUUGGCUGCCCCCGACGGUUCUGUUCCGAGGAAGUCACUGGCAGACUUCACCGCUGGCGCUCAGGGCAUCUCUCCCCGUGAGAGCACAACCAAAGAAGAAGAAGAAAGUGGAUGUAAAGAGAGAGCAAGCACAGAAGGAUCGUAUGAAAAAAAAGAUUAAAAAGUUGGAGAAAGCUGCCCCAGAAAUGAUUCCAAUUGAGGAUUUUAUGCCACCACUUAAGUACUCAGAAAGCAAUAGGGUGCGAAGUCUUCCCCCUCUGUCAUUUGAGGAGACUGAAAGAAGAGCUUUACUUAUGAAAAAGUGGUGUUUGUUUAAGCAGAAACAAGAUAAGGCAGAACAGAAAGCAAUUCAGACCCUUGUAGAAGCUCAGCAAGAGGCACUAAAGGAACUGCGCCUUGAAUCGGAGGAGCUGUAUCAGGCAGCAAUCAGACGAGAUGAGGAGCUUUUCCCUUUUGAGAGAGAUGGACCUAAUUAUACCCCACCGCUUCCUGGUUACGAUCCUCCUGAAGGAAAAUGCGUUGAUAUCACCAAGGUGUAUACGCAGUGA